AUGGCAGUGGCGCUACCUCAGACUCCGACGGGAAGGAAGAGGAAGCCCCGGAACCGAAAGUGCCGACUGGGCGUGCCCGCCGUGGCCGAGGCAAAGAGACGGGUGGACAUUGCCGAAUUAGGCAUUGAGGCCGUCCGGUUCCGCAGAGCCCUCACGGGUGCCACUAUUAUUGAGGUACCGGGAGUGGCGAGCGAGGAGAAGGCCGAUGCCCUCGCCGAUAAGCUGAGGGCAAUUUACAAGGAGGAGGAGAUACGAGUGACUAGGCCCACGAAGUGCUCCGAACUGAGAGUAGCAGGACUAGACGACUCGGUAACGCCUGAGGAGGUGGCGGCCGCAGUGGCCAAGUUGGGAGGAUGUUCCGUGGAGGCUGUCAAGGUUGGCGGUCUCCGUAGAGACUACACGGGACUUUUCGCCGCCUGGGUCCGUUGCCCAGUUCUAGCGGCCAAAAAGGUGAACGAGGGCCGUCUCCUGGUUGGAUGGGUUGCCGCCAGGGUGAAGCUUCUCCCAAACCGCGAGUUGAGAUGUUUCCGGUGUCUGGAGGCCGGACACGUCCAGGCGGUAUGCCCGGCGGACGUGGACCGCAGCCGGCAAUGUUUCCGGUGCGGGCAGCUAGGCCAUGUCGCGGCCAAGUGUGAAAACGAGCCACACUGUACACUUUGUGCGUUGGCCGAUAAACCCGCGGGGCACCGCGUGGGCAGUAAGGCCUGCAAAGCCCCGGGGACGAAGAUAGGAAGGAGAGCGGCGGCAAGUGCCAAGGGCCAGCCAAAGCCAUCCAGCCCCACGGGGCCUGAGGAGACGCAGAUGGCCGGCGAAUAA